CCGGGGCUGAUCACGUGGUGUAAUGACAUGUUAGAGAAGGCGGGGCUAGAGUCUCCAUUAUUUCUAACAAGCCCUGGAAAAAAUCCACAGGGAGGAUCUGGCUGGGCUGUUUAAUGCCUUUCAUUGUGCCGGAGCCCGAUGCCUGGGAGCGUUGAAUAUUUAUUGAAAUAGGAGCUGCACUGGAUAAAGAAACAGAAGUAUCGAGCCGGUUUUGGAGACCUUGAUAAACCUUGUAUUUUAAAAAGGAUUCAACAUGUUUAACUUGAUGAAAAAGGACAAGGACAAAGAUGGCAUCAGAAAGGAGAAGAAAAAGGAGAAGAAAGAGAGGAUGUCAGCAGCAGAACUAAAGAGCUUGGAAGAGAUGAGUCUAAGAAGGGGCUUUUUUAACCUUAACCGGUCUUCCAAGAGGGACUCGAAGACUAAACUGGAGAUUUCCAAUCCCAUACCAAUUAAGGUGGCAAGUAGCACGGAGUUGAACCUCACUGAUAUUGACUCUGAUAAUAUCAGUAAUAGGGGUAGUGUCAUCUAUGAUUCUGGACAUCUGAGCACUGCCAGCUCCAGCGAUGAUUUGAAGCUAGAGGAAAGCAGCUUUAAAGGCAGUGUGCUUCAACGUGCAGCCAAAUUUGGCUCUCUGGCCAAACAGAAUUCUGGGAUGGCUCAAAUGGUAAAAAGGUUUUCUUUCUCCCAGAAGAGCCGAGAUGAAAGUCUGUCUGAGACCUCCACUCCCUCAGAGCACUCUGCUGCUCCCUCCCCGCAGGUUGAGAUUAGAACAUUUGAAACGCAACUCAAACACAGUUUGCCUUCAGUACAGGUAACACCACCACACAAUGCGCAAACCGCCGCUUCUGUGCCAGAAGUGGUAGGGAAGACCUUCCUGGCUGAUCUAAGGUUGCCUUCAGUACUCCCACCACAAGCUCCAGUACCAAGGGAACUGGAACUGCAGAGAAGAAACACUGGAGACUUUGGUUUCUCGCUCCGUAGGACAACCAUGCUAGACAGGGCACCGGAUGGCCAAGCGUACAGGAGGGUUGUCCACUUUGCGGAACCUGGUGCUGGAACUAAAGAUCUUGCCUUGGGCUUGGUUCCUGGUGACCGGUUAGUAGAAAUUAAUGGGCGUAAUGUGGAAAAUAAGUCUCGUGAUGAAAUUGUGGAGAUGAUCCGGCAGUCUGGGGAUACAGUGCGGCUAAAGGUGCAGCCUAUUCCUGAACUGAGUGAAUUAAGCCGGAGCUGGUUGAGAAGCAGCAAAGGGCUGAGGAAAGAGGCUUUUGACCUGGAGCCAGCAGCCUCUUCCUCUUCUUCACUGAGCCAGGCCAAAACUGAAGAGCAGAUCUCUGCGGAACAGAACUGGUAUGAGACCGAGAAAGUCUGGCUGGUCCACAAAGAUGGCUUUUCGCUAGCCAAUAAACUGAAUACAGAUAACGACAGCCUGCCCGAGGGAAAGGUGAAAAUACGACUGGAACAUGAUGGGAGCCUACUGGAUGUGGAUGAAGAUGAUGUGGAGAAGGCUAAUGCUCCUUCUCAUGACCGAGUGGAGGACUUGGCCUCCCUGCUGUACUUGAAUGAAGCCAGUGUCCUGCACACCCUGCGGCAGAGAUAUGGUGGGAACCUCAUUCAUACCCAUGCAGGCCCAUCCAUGGUCAUCUUGAACCCCAUGAGCUCUCCCUCUAUAUAUUCUGAGAAGGUGAUGCAUAUGUUUAAAGGUUGUCGUAGGGAGGACACCUCGCCCCACAUUUAUGGAGUAGCGCAGGCUGCGUACUGGAAUAUGCUAAUGACUCGCCAGGACCAGUCCAUCGUCUUACUCGGGAACAGCGGCAGCGGAAAGACUACCAGCUGCCAGCAUGUGAUCCAAUAUCUGGCUACCGUGUCUGGGAGCACUGGAAAGAUCCUGUCGGCGGAGAAGUGGCAGGCGGUAUAUACCAUUCUGGAGGCAUUUGGCAACAGCAGCACCAAUUUGAAUGGAAAUGCCACUCGCUUCUCACAGAUCAUCUCACUGGACUUUGACCAAGCUGGGCAGGUGGCUUCUGCCUCCAUACAGACAAUGCUGCUGGAGAAGCUGAGAGUUGCCAGGCGUCCUGAAAAUGAAGCUUCUUUUAAUGUAUUCUACUAUCUUCUGGCCGGAGCUGACCAAGCUCUUCGGACAGAGCUCCAUUUCAAUCACUUGGCAGACAAUAAUGUGUUUGGCAUUACAUCUUCACCCAAGGCCGAGGAUAAGCAGAAGGCUGUGCAGCUUUUUGGCAAACUGCAGGCAGCCAUGAAAAUCCUUGGGAUCUCCAAUGAGGAGCAGAAAGCCUUUUGGCUGAUACUGGGAGCCAUUUACCACCUGGGGUCAGCUGGAGCCACCAAAGCUGGCAGGAAGCAGUUUGCCAGGCAUGAGUGGGCACAGAAAGCCGCGUACCUCCUGGGCUGUUCACUGGAAGAACUCUCCUCCUCCAUAUUCAAGCACCAACCUAAGACCAGCGGCCUACAGAAGUCGACGUCCUUUCGCCAAGGUCUGGACGAUGGAAGCCAGGGAGACGGCACAGGGUCCAAGCUGUCUGCGUUGGAUUGCCUAGAAGGCAUGGCUUCUGGCUUAUACUCUGAACUCUUCACUCUGCUCAUCUCAUUGAUUAACAGAGCCCUGAAGUCCAACCAGCACUCUCUCUGCUCCAUCAUGAUCGUGGACACCCCGGGGUUCCAGAACCCCGAGCUUGCCAAGCAGGGACGGGGUGCCACCUUUGAAGAACUGUGUCACAACUACGCUCAGGAAAGGCUGCAGUCUCUCUUCCAUGAGAAAACCUUUGUUCAGGAGCUUGAGCGAUACAAGGAGGAAAACAUAGAGCUUGCUUUAGAUGAAAUUGAGUCCAGUACAUCUGGCUCAGUAGCUGCUGUAGACCAAGCAUCGCAUCAAACACUGGUAAGAUCUCUUGCAAGAACUGACGAGGCCAGAGGUCUUCUUUGGCUGCUAGAAGAAGAAGCAUUGCAGCCUGGUGGCAAUGAGGACACCCUACUGGAACGCCUCUUUACUUACUAUGGACCUCAAGAAGGAGAAGAAACAGGUAAAAAACCCCUUCUUAGAAGCAACAAGCCACGACACUUCUUGAUGGGUCAUAGCUAUGGAACCAACUGGGUAGAAUAUGAUGCUACUGGGUGGUUGAACUAUGUCAAGCAGAACCCGGCUUCCCAGAACGCUGCUGUCUUGCUGCAAGACUCCCAAAAGAAAAUAAUUAGCAGUCUAUUUGCUGGGAGAACAGGGACAGCUACAGUUUUAUCUGGAUCAGUGGCUGGUUUAGAGGGGGGAUCUCAACUGGCCCUGCGAAGAGCCACCAGCAUGAGGAAGACUUUUACUACUGGGGUGGCUGCGGUGAAGAAGAAGUCACUGUGCAUACAAAUAAAACUUCAAGUGGAUGGUUUGAUUGACACAAUCAAGAGGUCUAAGAUUCACUUUGUUCACUGCUUUGUCCCCAAAGUAGACUCCAUGAGUCUUAAUACCCGCUUGGUCACAGCUGCCCGGGUCGGGUCCAGUGAGUCUGACCUCUCUGGGGAACGCUGUGAUGCAGAGCUCAUGCAGAUAGAUGUCCCUCUCCUGCGGGCUCAGAUCCGCGGAUCUCGACUCUUGGAUGCUUUACGCAUGUACAGACAAGGUUACCCUGACCAUAUGGCGUUCUGUGAAUUCAGGCGUCGAUUUGAUGUUCUUGUUCCCCAUCUCACCAAGAAGCAUGGCCGCAACUAUAUCGUUACUGAUGAGAAGAGGGCUGUUGAAGAGCUUUUGGAGUCUCUGGAUCUAGAGAAGAACAGUUAUCAUAUGGGAUUGAGCAGGGUGUUCUUCAGAGCAGGCACUUUCACGAAGCUCGAGGAACAGAGGGAUGAGCAAACCCGGAGAAACCUCUGCCUGUUCCAAGCUGCUUGCAGAGGUUACCUGGCACGACAGCAGUUUAAGAAGAGGAAGAUCCAAGAGCUUGCCAUUCGCUGCAUCCAGAAAAAUAUCAAGAAGAACAAGGGAGUUAAGGGCUGGCCCUGGUGGAAACUCUUCACUACAGUUCGCCCGUUGAUAGAGGUGCAGCUGACAGAGGACCAGAUCCGUGGAAAAGACGAGGAGAUACAACAGCUGAAAGGCAGAUUGGAAAAGGUGGAAAAAGAAAGGAAUGAACUGAGAUUAAACACUGAUCGCUUGGAUAGCAGGAUCACAGAACUGAAUUCUGAGCUAACAGACGAGAGGAACACAGGAGAAUCUGCCUCACAGCUGCUGGAGACUGAGACGUCUGAAAGGCUCCGGGUGGAAAAAGAUAUGAAGGAUUUACAGGCCAAAUACGAUGCACUGAAGAAGCGGAUGGAAUCCAUGGAAGUGGAGGUUAUGGAGGCCAGGCUGAUCCGAGCAGCUGAGCUAAAUGGUGACUUGGAUGAUGACGAUUCUGGUGGGGAAUGGCGCUUGAAGUAUGAGCGCUCUGUGCGGGAGAUCGACUUCACCAAAAAACGCAUGCAGCAGGAGUUUGAAGAUAAACUGGAGGUUGAGCAGCAAAACAAGAGGCAACUGGAACGCAGAUUGGCAGAUCUGCAGGCAGAUAAUGAAGAGACACAGAGGACACUGCAACAAUUAAAGAAGAAAUGCCAGCGACUCACAUCGGAGCUGCAAGACACCAAGUUGCACCUAGAGGGACAUCAAGGACGCAACCAUGAUCUUGAGAAGAAGCAGAGAAAGUUUGACACUGAGCUGGCACAGGCCCAAGAAGAGGCACAGAGGGAGAAAAUCCAGAAGGAGAAGCUGAGCAGAGAAAAGGAUAUGCUGACCUCUGAGGUCUUCAGCUUGAGGCAACAGCUGGAGGAGAAGGACACAGACAUUGUGGUUUUCACCCACAAGAUCGAACAGUUGGAAGCAGAACUGCAAGACGUUUCAUGCCAGGAGUCCAAGGAUGAAGCUUCAUUGGCCAAAGUCAAGAAACAACUGCGUGACUUGGAAGCCAAAGUCAAAGAUCAAGAGGAGGAGCUGGAUGAACAGGCUGGAACUAUUCAGAUGCUGGAGCAGGCCAAACUGCGCCUAGAAAUGGAGAUGGAACGACUCAGGCAGUCUCACUCCAAGGAACUCGAGAGCAAAGAUGAAGAAGUGGAAGAGAUUCGUCAGUCUUGCCAGAAAAAGUUAAAGCAAAUGGAGCUGCAGUUAGAAGAAGAAUACGAGGAUAAGCAGAAAGUCCUGAGAGAGAAACGAGAGCUUGAAAACCGCCUGAGUAACGUGAGCGAGAAGGUUAGCCACCGUGAUUUUGAGACAGAAAAGCGCUUGAGAAAAGAUCUGAAGAGGACAAAAGCCCUGCUUGCAGAUGCACAAAUCAUGUUGGAUCACUUGAAGAAUAAUGCUCCCAGCAAGCGUGAAAUUGCACAGCUCAGAAGCCAGCUGGAGGAGUCUGAAUUCACAAGCGCUGCAGCUGUGAAGGCUCGAAAGUCCAUGGAAGUGGAAAUGGAAGAUCUCCAUCUUCAGAUAGAUGACCUCUCCAAAGCAAAAACAGCACUGGAGGAACAGGUAAGCCGCCUGCAGAGAGAGAAGAAUGAGUUGCUGAGCCGUAUGGAAGAGGACCAGGAGGAUAUGAACGAGCUGAUGAAGAAACACAAGGCAGCUGUGGCUCAGUCCUCCCGAGACCUGGCUCAGAUCAACGACCUGCAGACUCAGCUGGAAGAAGCAAGCAAAGAGAAACAAGAAAUACAGGAGAAGUUACAAGGCUUACAGAGUCAGCUAGAGUUUGUGGAACAGUCUACGGUGGAUAAGUCUCUAGUGAGCAGACAAGAAGCCAAGAUCCGGGAACUUGAGACACGUCUGGAAUUUGAGAGGACGCAAGUGAAACGCAUGGAGAGUCUCGUCACACGGUUAAAGGAGAACAUCGAAAAACUGACAGAGGAAAGGGAUCAGCGGGUAGCAGCAGAGAACAGAGAGAAGGAGCAGAAUAAACGAAUGCAGAGGCAGAUCCGGGACAUGAAGGAGGAAAUGGUGGAAUUGGCUAAAAAAGAGACCGAGGCCAGCCGCAAGAAGCAUGAGCUGGAAAUGGAUUUGGAGAGUUUGGAAGCUGCAAACCAAAGUUUACAAUCGGAUCUAAAACUGGCCUUCAAGCGCAUCGGGGACCUUCAGGCUGCUAUUGAGGAUGAGAUGGAGAGUGAUGACAAUGAAGACUUGAUUAACAGUCUACAGGACAUGGUGACCAAGUAUCAUAAGCGAAAGAAUAAAAAUGAUGGAGACUCUGAUGAUGAUUCAGAGCUGGAAGAACGAGUGGAUGGCGUAAAAUCCUGGCUUUCCAAAAAUAAAGGUUCCUCCAAAGCUUUCUCGGAUGAUGGCAGUUUAAAGAGCUCCAGUCCCCCGUCUUAUCGGAAACCGCUGAACUACGACAGAUCGGAUGAAGAGCGGGAUAACUUUGAAAGCACAUACCGAUCCAAGUACUCCCCACGAAGCUACCUGAGCGAUAGUGACACGGAGACCAAAUCCUCUGAACUGUUGUCCUAACUGAAAGGGCAUAAGCGAGAAGGGUGCCAUCGCUAGGGAUGUGAGAGUUUGCCUUGUCCAUUGCUUGAGAAACGCGGCUUCAGACAUUUUGUUUUGUAUCUGUUGGUGUUGCCUUUGAGAUUCCCGUUAAAGGAGAAAGUCACUGCUCGCUAGAGUUAUACAGGGAUGCCGUUCUUGCCCAAAGCCUGGCAAUCUAACUGCAUGGCCUAUGUGCAGCAUUAGAGGUUGGAGGCGGCUUUGUUGGGUUGUUUUAUCUUCUGUUCAUGCUUUGAUGGUGGAUGGGGAGAAAAAAAAAAGUAAAUUAUUACUCUGCUCUACUCUCUAUAUUUUCUCCAUUUAUUAUGUUUCUCCCUUUUAAAGUUUUUUUCUUUUCUUUAUUGUGUGAUCUUAACGUUCUCCUCCUCUAAGUAGCAAACAGAGGCUGCACUCCAAGUAUGAGUGCUUAUGGUGUUCCUAUUACAAGGGUGAUUCCAAAGAGCCCCCUGCAUAAUGGUGCCUUUUCUGCCAUAUUGUUUCAAACUUCAGUGUGGGAAAACCAAAUGACAAUGCUUUUUAGACUCCAUAUUAUUAUGUAUCCCUUUUAUUUACAUAUGUUUAUUAUGUACAUACAUUUAUUUUUCCUUGUUAAUUAAUUAAAGAGAAAAAGACAACAGUCUUAUACAACCAAGAUCACUCAGACUGGUUCUGACGAGUCGUGCUCUAGAUAUGGAAUUUCCUUAGAUGGACUCAAGGAAAUCAUCCUGUAUUAUAAACCUAAAUCUUACGAAGUUUAAAUGGUAAUAUUUGGUUGAUAUCUUUAUACUGAAGCCUGAGGCAAAUGGUGUUAAAAGAACAUGGUGUUCCGUUAAUAUAUAUAUGCUGUCACAGAGGACUGCAAACACAAUGGUACCUUUUAAGAGUUAAUACCAAACGCAUCUUCAAAAUGUCUGGCGAUACAUUAUUGAUGUUGGUAAGACUGUUCAUGUCAAUUAAAAGUAAUUAAAUAAAAAAUGCAAAUUGAUAACCAUGUGAAAAAUGAAAAUAUUUACCUGUAAGCAUGUGGAGGGCAUACAAUUCCAAGAUAAAGCUGUUCCUGAAUGACAGGUGUCCGUUCUACACAAUCCUUCCUGCAGGACAAUGAAAAUCUGACUAUUCUUAAAUCUUUUCAGUACUUUUAUGUAUUACGUUAAUCGCUCUUGAUAACAGCCACUGGAUGCGCCCCUCCCUGGGGUACAGAGGCGCAUAUUACUUGCCACGGAUUAAUUUUUACUCCUUCUUGUGUACUGUGUAAUAAAAAUUACCUGCACGUCGCCUGCACGGAGGAGUCUAACCGUAACAGCGGAUGUCUGCUUCCUUACUUUCUACAAAUAUAUAACAAUACAGAAAGCUAUGUUAUGUUUUUAACAUAUAGAACUAUUGGGGUAACGUUACUCCUAGUAACAUUUUUGGUGAAACAGACACGCUCCCUAAUGCCCAUUUCGGACAGGAAAAUUAAAUCCAGAAAUUUGUAUAUCCCUUUGUGUGCAUGAAUCCUGCAAGAUGGCUGGAGUGUGGGGUGUAUGUAUCUAUUCCUUGGAUGUGCUUGAUCAAAAUGCAGCUUUUUUUAAUUAUGUGGAGAGUCAAAUAAAAAAAAAAAUCCUC